CAAUAGCCUUGGCGGUUCAUCCAAGACCGUCAAGUGAUACUCAGAGUGUGAAUCAUCCAGCGAAAAGUUACGAAUCACGAGAAGAGCACGUUUCUGACGGCUGGCAUCCGUUGAUACCCGUCAUUGACAUCGAUUCGACUUUUCGUCCUUACCUGUGUCCCAUCGUACUUGCGCCUGUCGAGAAUUUUGGAAAAAGAGUUAGGCAGGACGAAAGCAACUCCUUCAAAUAUCUCACAUUACAAUACAACAAUCCUCACUUCCCCUCCUUCCUCACCAUGACCGGUUUCAAAUUCGGUUCUUUCGACUUCAUUUGUGAACGUGCUGCUCUCACCAUAUGUCCUCUGUUGGGAUCAUCACAAGGUACAACACCAACAUGUUAUAGUAGAAAUGUUCAGCUAGGAUCACAACUCUUCUUUCAGCCAGCGACAUGUUUCGUACACAUAGCUGCGUUAGGAAUGACAGCAAUCAUGUUAUUCCAUGUCAGAUCAAAGUACACCGCCGUUGGAAGAAAAGAGAUUGUUCUAUUCUUCUACCUCUACAUGUUUAUCUCUCUCCUCGCCAUAUUCCUCGAUUCCACCGUCAUUCCCACAGCGAACAAGGUUUACCCAUGGUUUGCUGCUGUUUAUGCCGGAGCUUUGGGGGCUCUGUAUUGGUGUAUCAUGGUCAAUGGUUUUGUCGGGUUUCAAGUAUGGGAAGAUGGAACUGCUAAAUCACUCUGGUUCCUACGUUUAUCAUGCCUUGCCAUCGCCGGCAUCUGCUUCUUCGUAGCCGUGGCAACAUUCAAAGAUUACGCUUCAUUUUCUUUCACCAAACCCACUGGUCUAUUUAUCACUUACCUUCUCUUCCCAGCUAUCUGUGUGAUUGUCUAUAUCGUAUCACAACUCAUACUCGUCAUUCGCACUUUGGACGACAGAUGGGUCAUCGGAGAUCUCAUAUUCGGGAUUGCUUUCUAUGCUUGCGGGUGUAUUUUACUAUUCGCUUUCAGUGUCAAGAUCUGUGAUGCCGUUUCGCAUUACAUCGACGGAGUAUUCUUUUUCACAUUGUGCAUGUUAUUGGCCGUCAUGAUGGUUUACAAGUAUUGGGAUUCCAUCACGAAAGAGGAUCUCGAAUUCUCGGUCGGUUCCAAACAAGCUGUAUGGGAAGUGAAGGAGUCUCUCUUGCCACCAAACCCCGAGUAUGCAGAGGACGACACUCAAUCCAAUUUCCGGGGUGCUGGAGGAUCUCUCGUGGGUGGUUAUGGAGGUACGACUUACUAUCAAAAUUAUACCGGCCCCGCUGCGCAGUAUCAACAACAAUACUCUGGAUACGGGAAUGGAUAUGCCAAGUACUAAACAUCGGUCCAUCGAUAUGAAAUGGUGGAGGAUGAUGUGAAGGCCAGAGAUAUCUGUACAUUUAUGUUAGUUACGACAUGAUUUAGCUUGUUAGGCAUACGUGGUGUAAUCCAUACCAUCGUGAAUGCAUACUCUAAGUCUCUAU